AUGUGUACUUGCAAGUGUCUGUGAGUCAGUGUGUUUGACAGGGCUGGAGUUAAGGGGCUCCCUCUUACUGUGAAAACUAUGCUGUAACUUUGGGACGAUCUUUUCGGGCUUAUGUUGUCCAGUGGAUGAGCUCUGGAGGAUUCAAAGCGAAGCUUCAUUCUGCAUUGCAGCGUAACAAGUUUUACGUGUUUUUCUCUUUACUGGGUGUGAAGAGUACCCCUUUAAUUUAUGUAUCUGGUGAGAAAAACCUGAAGACGGAUCUGGGAAGUGAGAUAUAAAGAAAAGCUUAAAGUAUAGUAUUUGAUUUACUUUCGGAAGUGAUUGUAUUUUUCACAUGAACGCUUACAGAAACUAUUUCACGGAAUUGUCCAAAACUGAAUGAAAUGUUAGGUAACAUCAUAUGGAUGUCAUGACAAUGGAAGAUGUGAAUUGUAACUGACUGGUUUUACAAGAUGGUACAAUGGAUGACAUAAACAGCUCUAACUCUAAGCACAAAGAUUCUAAUGGAUUUGUUAAUAAAGUAUUUAAUAUUUCCCUAGACGUGGAGAAUACAACAGGCAUAAUGAGAAUACAGGAACCUGACCUCUGUGAAACACCUGUUGUGUGUCAGGGUGUAGGUAAGGAGAAAGUGGAAUUAAACAGGAAGCCUAAAAACACUGGAAUCUGGAGAAUCAUCACCAGGAAGAAGAAUCCAACAGGAUAUGGAAGAAGGCCCCAUUCUAUGAUUCUUCCUGGAGAGACUGUGGUACCUAAGUUAUCAUUUGUAGACAAGGUGAAAUCUUUCAAGAAACUGAAGUCUACAUCAGUUUUUAGAGGGAAAGGAAGCAAGAAUGCAAAGUUCAGCACUAUUCUUAAAGAUGAACAGGAAGAGGAGUCACACUUCAGAGACCCCUCCUCCCACGUAUUUUCACAAAGGAACUUGUUCAGAAAUCGAGGUAAAAGACAUUCCUACGCAGGCUGCACCAAAGACUUUGACUGCUCAUUUGAAGAUGUAGACAUUACAGUACCUUCUGAAAACAUUGAUAAUGAAAACCAAUGGCUCAGGGAACUCUCAAAUCAUCAGAAUGGUUUUAAAUCCAUUGAGGGUGUGUCUUACAUAAAGAGGACACAUACCAAUUUCUCAAACUGUAACAAUGCAACUCUGCUUGAAGAAUACAGUAUAAAGGACUGCCCAAAGACAUUUCAGGGAGGAAGAAAAUCUAAAGGUGCUGAUGUUUGGAGUUACCUAAGGAAAAUUUCUUUUAUUGGGAAAGGGAACUCAAAUCUAGCAGAAAAAAGUUUUGACUCUGAAUUAAAUACCUUUGACAAGACAAUUGAUUCAGAUUGUGCCUCCUCUGACUUUGAAUGUAUCAGAGAUCCUAACUCCUCCCCUAAACACGCAAGUGCUGAUACCAAAGGUAAUCAUUUUGGUGGUUUAUUCAGGUGGUUUAGUAAUGUGGCUGAAACAGCAAGGAAGUGGAGAAACUCUUCACGGUCUUUUUCACCCCCAGAAGAAGGCCACUCUUCUUUGGGAACUCAUAGUGCUCAGAGAUCUGGUGAGUUUAGUCAAGUUAUAUCAUUAAGCUCAAAGAAUGAAACUAAGAUCAUGUCCCCAACUCCCAAGACUGUUCUGUCCUCAGACCCAAGUUUAUGUGAUACCCUUUCAUCUCCUAGUUUAAUAGGAGAAUCUCCACAGGUGACUUUAAAGUCAUGGAGAACCUGUCCAGAUUCCCCCAGUCCUAAUGGAUACCUGUCUGUAGCAGCUGAAGCAUCUCCACACUCACCUCACAAAUUGGUGGCUUCUAUAGAGAAUCGCGAAAGCCACAUACCUGCUGAAAGUGGGAUUUGCCUUGAAAAAGAACCAGAGUCAGAUAGAACUUCAAGCCACAAUGAUACAGGAAAUUGUCUAGAUUCCAUGAAUGACUUUGUUUCUACCAAAGAAAGACAGGAUCAAACUGGGCACAAGAAUGAUGAAAAUGAAGAAAAUUACUCAAACAGCAAAACUGCUCCACAUCACUCAGGAAAUAAGGAUCUGCCCGAUGACCACUGUUUGGAGAUGGAAAACCAACAUGUCCCAAGCCUGUCAGAGCUCAACAGCUCCUCUUUAAUCGUCACUUCACCAAAAUGGAAGAAGCGUCGCCCAACCUCAGCCUACACUAUGAUUCUGAACCUACAGAGUCCAAUUCUAGAGGAGGGGUCUGUUUCAGCCUUUGAAGCCAAGACUGGCCAUGUGGAUGAAGACCCAACAGCUUUGAAAAGCCAGAUUUUUCCUAACAAUCAGUCUGACGUCCCCCUGAAAAGGCCAGUUAUGCGACAGAGACCUCAUUCUGUAAUAGAUGGGGCUUCUGUCACCAAGACAGAGUCUCUGCAUCCUCUCAGACCACUCUCUCGUCCUCCAGGACACUCUCCCUGUGGUUCAUCUUUUAAAGCCGCACUGCAAAGAUGUCAUUCUCUGCCACUUUCACAGAGCACUCCAGCAGGCUUGGAUGAAGCAGGCUGGAGCCACUUGCUGCACCAACCAGCUGAGGCCAUGUUGACACGUGAUGGUGAUGGAGGCACAAGCAGGAGGCGGAGGCUAAUAAGGCCUGGAGCUGAACAGCUGCUAGUCAAUAAUUUGAUCAGUGGUGGUUCAAUUGUCAGUGCCGAGGCAGUAUGGGAUCACGUCACCAUGGCCGAUCGGGAGUUGGCAUUUAAGGCUGGGGACGUCAUCAAAGUCCUUGAUGCUUCUAAUAAGGACUGGUGGUGGGGCCAGAUUGAUGAUGAGGAAGGAUGGUUUCCAGCCAGCUUUGUAAGGGUUGAACCCCAUCCUCCACAUCCCCAAACAAAACAAGUUUUCUAUAUCAACCCUAUAGCAGCUCCAAGAUUCCAAAACACAGCUUCCAAGUUAUGGGUAAACCAGGAAGAUGGUGUGGAAGCAGCAGAGGGGAGCAACGAGGUACAAAAUGGCCACCUGGAUCCCAGCAACGACUGCCUGUGUCUUGGAAGGCCUCUCCAGAACAGGGAUCAGAUGAGGGCCAAUGUGAUCAAUGAAAUUAUGAGCACAGAGAGACACUACAUUAAGCACCUGAAGGACAUCUGUGAGGGUUACUUGAAGCAAUGCCGAAAAAGAAGAGACAUGUUCAGUGAUGAUCAAUUGAAAGUUAUCUUUGGGAAUAUCGAAGACAUUUACAGAUUUCAAAUGGGAUUUGUACGUGAUCUGGAGAAGCAGUACAAUACUGAAGAACCUCAUCUUAGUGAAAUUGGACCUUGCUUUCUAGAACAUCAAGACGGCUUCUGGAUUUACUCAGAGUAUUGUAAUAAUCAUUUGGAUGCAUGUAUGGAGCUCUCCAAGCUGAUGAAAGAUGGCAGGUACCAGCAUUUCUUCGAAGCCUGUCGUCUUCUUCAGCAGAUGAUCGACAUUGCUAUCGAUGGCUUUCUGCUCACGCCGGUGCAGAAGAUAUGCAAAUACCCUCUGCAGCUGGCUGAGCUCCUCAAGUAUACUGCCCAGGAUCACAGUGAUUAUAGGUAUGUGGCUGCAGCAUUGGCUGUCAUGAGAAAUGUAACUCAGCAAAUAAAUGAACGGAAGAGAAGACUGGAGAAUAUUGACAAGAUAGCACAAUGGCAGGCUUCCGUCUUGGAUUGGGAGGGUGAUGAUAUUUUGGACCGGAGUUCUGAGUUGAUAUACACUGGGGAGAUGUCCUGGAUUUACCAGCCAUAUGGGAGGAGUCAGCAAAGGGUUUUCUUUCUGUUUGAUCAUCAAAUGGUCCUCUGCAAAAAGGACUUGAUACGCAGAGACAUUUUGUACUACAAGGGUCGUAUCGACAUGGACAGGUAUGAAGUGAUAGAUACAGUUGAUGGUCGGGAUGAUGAUUUUAAUGUCAGCGUCAAGAAUUCCUUCAAACUGCAUAACAAGGACACAGAAGAGAUUCACCUGUUCCUUGCCAAGAAGCUUGAGGAGAAGCUAAGGUGGCUCAGAGCUUUCCAUGAAGAAAGGAAAAUGGUACAAGAAGAUGAAAAGAUAGGGUUUGAAAUUUCAGAGUAUCAGAAGCGACAAGCUGCCAUGACAGUGCGAAAAGUGACUAAACAGAAAGGUGUGAGCCAAAAUAGGUCCAUGCCUCCUGCUUACCCUCCUCCCCAGGAUCCAAUGAGUCAAGGACAGUACAUGGUACAUGACGGCAUGGCUCAGUCCCAGGUAUUCGAGUUUAACGAACCCAAAAGGAGCCAGUCACCUUUCUGGCAAAAUUUCAGCAGGUUAACGCCGUUCAAAAAAUAGAAGAAAUAGAAAUUUUUAGAAGGACCACCUUAUUUUUUUGAGAAGCACUAUACUGCAAAUAACUUCAUAAUGACUACUCAAAGAGAAAAGGACCAGUUGCAAUUUGGAAUGCUACUGAUUUGUAAACACGAGACUGACUGACUACUGUAUCGCCACUGCAACUACUACUACUGCUCCUUGUACUACUGCUACAAAAACCACAGAUCCUUGGAACCUGCAAAAACCUUGAUCGAAACACCUGCGUUCUCAUGUUCUUUGAAAUUCUUUUGUUUUCUUGUAGGCUCUGCCUUUCAGGAAAAGCAACAUCAGCAUCAUUUUUCUUAGCAGGACUGAGUCAACAAAUAGGAUCUUAAAUGGAAGACAAAGUACUAAUCAUUUCAAUAUUUGUGCCAUUCUGGGUGUGCUCUGUAGUGCACUGUGAUAUUGAUGGGCAUUUCUGUUGCUUUUCUUGUUUUUCUUGCUGUUUUGGGGGUGUCAGUAUUACUAUGUGAAAGGCUGUUCUGGCUGAGCAAAGCAAGGUUUAGUCUGGUAAUAUUUUAUUGCAUAUUUUAAAUGUCCUUUUUCUCCUGAUUGCUGCAUGAAGAGGUCAAUUCACUUGCAGGUAUUAUAUGUGCAAUGAUAUUCUUACGGGUUAAGGAACAAAUUAGCACCAGUAACUAUAAUUUAAUACAGAUAUAUCUAUGCUGUUGACAGGGUAUUUAUUUAUUGUGGACCAGAGUACGUUUUUGCAUGCCAUACAAGGAUUUCAGUUCAAGCAAAAAGGCAGAGAUUAGCUUUUUUUCUUAACCAUAUCUAUACAGAAAAUGGUCCAUUUGGGUCCUAAAUUACAGGGUUCACCUACUGCUGACCACAAAAUGGUUUCAUAUAUUUCAUCAUCAAACCCUCAAGGGAUCAUUGUCAUAAAGCAAUCAUUUUUAUACGGUGGCCUGAGGGUACAUUCAUGGUGCUCACCAACUGUUUUGUCUCCUUUUAAGGAUACUUAUUAUUGAUUUCUGUGGAAGGUCAACAUAAAAAUACCCUCAUACGAAACAUUACAUUAACAUAAAAAAUUAAUGAUUGAGCUCAAAUAUUCAAACAUGGAAAAGUACCACCCUGAAAAAAAUGAAAGGGAAAGCCAGUCUUUUAUGCUGUUUCUCUUGGGGUAGAUAAAUUGGAAAUUAAAUUAAAUUGGAAGAUGUAAACAAAGAAAGCUAAUGGGUUCGAUGUAGGUAAGACAUGUAUAUCAACUGUGCAGCCAGCUGUGUCUUUUAGUCAUUAAAGCUCUAUAAUCAUGCCUGUUUGCGUUGUCAUCUCCUGUCAAGAUUCUCCAGAACGAAAGCAGAAUGUGAUAUUAAUCAUUAUUGAAUAGAACUUAGGUAGCAUUUGUCAGUGUUCUCUGGCUGUCCUUUACUUGUUUAAUAUUCUAAUACAAUGUACGUUAUUGGCUUAAGCAUAGAACUCUAAUAAUGAAUAAAAACAGAUGGAGCACAUUAUAAUAAGGACAAAGAAUUCAGUUUGAUUUGAAAAAAAAAACAGUAAGUAAAGUUGAAAAAUUAGGCACUUAUUACUGCAUUUACCUAAUUGCAGGAAUAAAGAUAUUCUGCAGUAUCAUUUUCUACAAACAAUCUGUCAUGGGUUAAUCGUUUUUUUUUCUAGUGUAUUGCUUUACUGAAGUCAGAAUUAGCCCUGCCAUCUCCCCUAAGUAUGAUGAGUAUCAGUUAAUUAGAAAUAUUUAAAAUUCUGUACACAUUGAAAAGAGUUUGCAUAUUAAACUUUUAAUCAUCAUCAGUAGAAUUCAAUUGGUAUUAUGUUUUAUUGUUUAGUGUAUAUUAUUAUUGAGCAGUUAUAAAACAAAGUCAUUAGAAAGUUAUUUCAAAAAUAUUGGUUUCUAAGUACAUAAACACAUCCCAGAGAAAACCAUUUUUAAUGACUUCACUUUCCUUCUGAUUUAUGAAGACCUUGUUUCUAGAUCAGAAUACUGCAUUCUGAUACACAUUCUAAUUCAAAUAUGAAAGACAUAGUUACCAUCUAACAGUGCCUUUUCACAUUUCACUGGUUAUUCCUAAUUUAAUCAUUCAAACAAUAAAAUAAUAAUUUAUUAGGUCCCAUGUUUUUUUUAUCUUAUAUAAAUGAACUGUUCAAGAUCCUUCUCUAUUUUAAUAAUAGAUGUUUCUGUCACUACAUUUAAACUGAUAGCACAAUAAAUAUGGAUUAUUUUUAGUAUUUUUAGUACCUGUUACUUUUCCCUUAUUGUGGUGUUUACAUAGUAUCGCUAAUUGGUAUGCAGGAAUGUGUAAGCAACUUGUACAUUCUUUAAAAUGUGAAACCACCUAUGGAAAAACUGAGUUAUUGAUAUGAUUUAACAGAUUGUGACUAGUUAUUCUAGUUGGUUUUAUUCCUGCCCUUUUCUGUGCAGUACUAUAUCCUUCUGUAGCUUACUACUUUGCUUAAGUUUGAUAUGAAUUUCUUUAUUAAACAGUUAAGACUUUUUCAUAGCUAACCAGUGGCCCUAUGUAUAGAAAUCAACUCAGUCUUUGAUAUUGGAAGCACCUGUAUGAAUUUCUUUUUAACAUUAAGCUGAGGAGAAACAUUUGAAGUUGCAGACGCCCCUCUAAACUAGAUUUACAGAUAAUGAAUCCAACCCCCAAAAUACAGAAAUACGAAUUAUCUAGUUACUGAAUUGAAAAGUACAGUCAAUAACAGAUGAAACAAAUACUAAUUUACAGCAAGCAGCUAAACCAUGCACUGUACAUAUUGUAAAUAUAACAGAUCAUAUAUUUAAAUAUUUGUAUUUUAUGUAUGAAACAUAUAUACCUUUAGUCAUAUGCUAGGUUUAGUUUUCAAGUGGAUGCAUGUUAAAGGCCUAGGUGUUUCUGCGUGACGCAAGCAACUGAGAAAUCAGAUUUUUCUUUACUCUUUCCCAUAAAACCAUAAUCAUGUCUAUCGUAAAGCUGUGAUGCAAGGGAUACCAAUUUUUUAUUACUAGUGAUUUAAUGAGUUGCACUUUUUGAAUCUGGAUGGCAAAGGGCAUAACAUUUAGUUAUAACAUUGUGUCUGACUAAAUAUACACUACAUACAGUAUAUAAAUAUAAGUUUAACUAGUAGAUAGCAAUGAGUAAUAUUAAAACAAUGCCAUUUGAUCCCAGAAUCUAAAAAUGAAAAUGACAGCUUCCAUUUGGAAAUUGGCAUACACUUAAAAAUAAAGCUGCAUUAAUUACUGUCAUAUAGGAAGCGGUAACCAUUACAUAACAGCUGCAACAUAAUAUAACAUUUACAAGAUUUAGUAUCAGUGAUCCCUAAUUUAUGGAAACAAAUUGUCAGUGUAGUACAUUACAGUACAUUGCACAUUAACCUGUCAUGUAGUUACAUUGCAAUUAAUGUCCCUGUAUUUUAAACUGUCCAUAGAGCUAAAGCUAUUUAGAUAUGUACUGUAACUAUAAAGCACUGUGCAUUUUAAGUGCACACAAACAGUAAAAAAAAUACCUUUUCAAUUGAUACCUGUAUCCAGUUGAUACAGGUAGCAGUUAUUAGUUGAGAAUGGAGAAAGCUCACUGAUAAAUAUCCCACUGAAAAAUAACCCACUAGGUUAACAUUAAAUUAAUCUCUAAAAUUAGAAUUCAGAGUUAAGGUUACAAAAGAAAUACAAGCGCUUCAUUAAAUCAAGACGUGUUUUAUGUUAGAUAUAGGCUACGUAAUAUGUGGUAGGUUAUAUUCCAGUGAGUUAUUUUCUAUUGCUGCAUAUUCCUGAAUUCAUUGUUAGUAUAUGUUUUGUAAAUUACACUUUUCUGUCCUUAACAGAUUUAUUUUAAUGAGAAUGAUACAGAUGAUUUACAAUCACAUAAGAAUAUUUGUAAAUGAGAGAAAUGAGAGGUAGCCACUCAGCACAUCUAUACUGUAUAUCUAGGCCUUUUGGGUUGUGAUCUCAAAACAGUCAAAACAGUUUUGAAAUUGAAUGCAACCUACUCCUUUCUCAUUCCCUCUGGAGAGAAUGUAAAAUGAAUUAGGAUUUUUUAAGAACCAGAUUGUGUUAUUGUUAAUGUCUAUGUUGUCUAGAUUGAGCACCCUUAGGUUUUACAUUAAUUUAAAGAGAAGGAGCUGUAUUAUUUUGCUGACAAUUUAUUAAACUGCAUUUCUCGCCAUUGCAGCAUCUGAAAAAAAAAGAUAUUGUUUAAGGCACAUUAAAUAUUUAUUAUACUGUGGCAAGCAGUAUAGAACUUAAAAUGGUCCCUUUACUGCUUGGGCAUUAAAACAGUAUGAUCAAGUCUUUUAAUAGCUAUUGUAAUAGCUAAUGUAAUAACUAUUUAUGCACCUUCAAGCUGCUGUUAUACACAGUUUGACAGCAGUUUCAUAUAUGAUAGGUACUGUAUCAGUUUGUCUGUUUUAUUUGCCCUCUAACAGUCCAAACAAUUUGACAAGACACAUCAGCAAAUACUGUACAUGUUGGACAUUUUGGCAAAUGUAAGAUGUUCCUAGUUACAUCUUCCAUUUACUGUACCAAAACAUCCAGCAUGUAGGACAGGUUUAAUAGCUCAGUAUAAUGUAAUCCUGCAUUUCCGGCUAUACCAUAAGCAUCCAGUUUAAAAAAGAAAAAUCUGUUUUAAAAAUGCGUAUGAAGUUUAAGGAGUUUGAGGAGUGUUGUCUUUCUUUAAAAACAUAUCACAAUCCAACCCAUUAGGCCUUCAUUUUUAUCUUGUACCAAAAAAAAAAUCAUUAAAAAAAUAAAUUAAAAAAUUGAGGAUGAAAGUCUAAAAUACUGUGAAAAAAAGACUUUACACCAUGAAAAGGAAAUGUUGUGACAUUGGGUCUUACAGUGUGAAACGAAAUUCAAAACUUCCCUUGUUUUGUCCAUCAUCAUCUGUUCUGCUUUUACUUGUCACAUGGUGAAUAUGAAAACACACAAGCAUGCAAUAUGAACCAAAGUCCACAUGUGUGAAAUUCAUUAUCACAAUAAGUGCCAUUUCUGUCAUGUCACAUGACUGUAUUUCUUUAUGCAUUCUUGCUUCCAUUUGAUCUUUCUGUCCAAAAGGUUCAUGAUAGAAAUAGCUGAAUGUUUGUAUUUGGUCAUCGCAGGUUUUUCUGGAUUACUGGAGACUGAGAUACUGUAGCAGAAUAAACUGUAAAUAUUACUAAAGAUGACCUUAGAAUGUGGAAGCUUGACUACAAGUUGAAAGUAAAGUAGAGGUCAGAGUUGCUUAAAACAACUUUCUAAAAAGUAUUCAGUAUUUCCUAAAAAUAUUGUACUUUAGUUUUUUUUGUGUAUGCCAAAUAUUGUCAAAAGCAGUUUAAGUAUCUUAAAAGAUUAUUUCUCCAUGAAUACCCACAAAAAGCAUUUGACUACUCACAGUUGCACUGCAGUCGCAGAAACCAUGUCAAUAUCUUGAGAAACAUCAAUAUGCCUCAAAGUAUAACUGAAAGUGUUUCGUAAAUUGUACAGUACAUAGUCACAUAAAUUCUUUAUGUCUGCUUGGUGCUGUAAUGUUACAGAAAAAAAAUGUUCUCUAUUUUUUGUUUUUGAAUUUUAGAUAUAGAAAUUUUGUAACUUGGUGAGCUGUAAUCAGUGUUGUAUACAAAGAGGUCUCAAUAUUUAAGCCAAACACCGAGCUGACUAAAUAAAUUAUGCAUAAAUGAGUUGGUUAUCAAAGUUUUUUCUUUUUUGUUGUAUAGCGCACAAUACAUGUAUAUUUUUGUAUAGCGCACAAUAUUAAAUGUUACAAUAAGCCUGAAUUGUGGAAAUCAGGUUUUCAGAAUAGACUUGACACGAUUUAACAUAAAGUCCUUUCCAAAUUCUUAUAAUCUGGCCUUUGAUAAAUGUUUCUUUUUAUAAAUGCUUAAUUUAAAUGUUUUUAGUUACAUUUUACAUGUGAACCAUUAUUCCACACAUAAUUUACUGUAGUCUCAGUGCUUAACACCAACCUAUUUGAAAGUGUCUAUGCAGGCUUCCAGAAAUGUCAAAAGCAGAUGCCAAUACCAAAAACUUCAAAUUUGAACUCUGGUUUUACAGCAUUAUAUAGCCUACAGAACGUAGUCAUAAUAAAAUAUAGCAGACAUCAGGAAAGGAUACUGUGAAUUGAUACUACGCUUGGCUACAUCAAAUACUUGUCAAUAGUCAUAGUAUUGUUUUAUCUUUAAUAUACAUUUUUAUUUGUUUUAAUAUUCAAAUAUGUAAAUUUGGAACUCUGGAAAAAAAAGAGUUUUCUUGCCUACAAGAGUAUGAAAGACUUUCUGGCUACACACCCUAGUGACCUACUUUUUGACACUUUUCUUAUCAGUGGGUAGUUUAUUUUGUUUCCUCAAGAAAUUACUGCCUAAGCUUAGUACAAAAGCUGUAUAAGAAACCUCAGUAAUCGCACAAACCACAACAGCUUUCACAAGAAUUGGUUGACUUCUUUUGAAAUGAAAGAGGCCUUCUGUAUAUUGAUUGCACAUUGAGAAGUUCCACUUUCGUUCUCACAAAUUAUCGUGGCUGAUGGAAUAGUGCACUCUUCUGUUGUCAGUAAUCAGACGUUCAGAGUGAGACUCAUGAUUAAAAAAAGAAAAUGAUAAAUUCCUGUAUUACAUUUGAUUAAAUCUGUAUGUUUUGAAUUUCCUGUGUAAACCAGUUAUACAGACAGUGUAAUGCUUUGUGGAUAGGUCUCCAUUGUUCAAAAGUCCCUUAAUGAAACAAUGAAAUUUCCCAGUCUAUCUUGAAAUAUUUCUGAUAUAAUCCUGGCUUCAUUUUCUUGUUUAAACUAUUCUGCCUUAAUUUCCUCUAACUGUGACCAUAGAACAAGCAGAAGGUUUAAUUGCAAGUAGAGUUUUCUUUCUGCAUAGGUCUUGUUAAAACACACUGCUUCUUGUUGAUCAAUUCUUUCAUUUUUUUUCUGUUUCAGUGCAAAUCUAGUUGAAUAAACUUCAGGAUUUGAAAUAUGGAUAGUCAUUUAAAUUGUUUGAAGAAUCUACAUUAUUAACAUGUAUUAAAUUGUGACCUGAAAACUAUUUAAAAUUAAAAAAAGUAUUUACAGUAGGUUGUCAAUUACAUCUGUAAUGGAAUCUGAUAAACAUUAUAUAUACUGUAUAUGACAUAAUGAUUAUAUGCAUAUGCACCUCUGCAUAAAAACUUGAAAAAUAUAAAUAUUUAAGGGGGCAUUUAUGCUAUUGUAUUUGUCUUUAUAUUAUAUUUGCAGUUAACUGUUUCCAUAUUUUAUUGGGUAUUUAACUUUUUCAAACAAUACUUUUUAUUUUUUCAGCAUUACACAUCUGGGAAUCUUCAAUUGUACAAUCUGAACAAAACGAACAAAAAAGUAGUCUAAUAGAUUUUUACUGCACUAAUACCUGUAUUCUUCUUAUUUUAUUUACUCAAGUUAAGUUAAAGAAAAAUACAGGUCAUUUUAUGACCUUAUAAACAUUUUCAUUUAUGUGUCUUCAAGAUGUUUGUUUGACACAUUAUCUAGUCUUGUACCUAAUUUUAAAAUGGUUCUAGUUGAUAAAAUUAUAAGCUUUUAAAAAUUGUUUGGACAUGGUAUCACGUUUGAUACCAAAGGCAUAUUUGCAGUCACAGAAGUCCUAAUAUGAAGACACUGUUGAUAAAGGUUUUAAUUUUUAAGAGACGAAAUUCAUAUAGUACGUGUCUGUUAGUGGUGGAAAUAAAAUGUGGUUUGUCAUUUCAAAGUAUGAACAGAAACAAUUUAAAUAAAGCACAUGAAUCACAAAUGUUAUUAAGAAUAUUUUUAUAUAUUACAAUAGGAUGUAUGUACCUAGGCUGCCUAACAUUCCAUAAUUUUAUUAGUUUGUUCCAAAUGAUGAUUGAGAUGCAACACUAGCUCAAAUAGCCCGAGGACAUGUUGGUUCUGUAUAAUUUGCCAUGCUUCUCUUGAGCUCUGUAUGAACACUGGGACUUAUUUGUAGUGUUUUAAACUCCAGUCUAACUUAUUAUUCAAAAGCCUGAGCUGACCAAGACAUCAUGUUCCUGAAGCCUUAGAGUUGUAUUUUACAUUUGUUUGGGUUCAGUGCUUAUAAAACACAACAACAUAUAAAUUAGUUGCUUACAGACCAGUAGGUAGCUAUGGAGAUUGCAAAGGUCAGCUCUGAGUUUUGCUUUCAUGUGUUUGUAUUAUAUUUACCUCAGUUGCCACAUCACAUUUCUGCUUCUCUGGUCUUGGAACAAUAUAGUCUUCAAAUGUUUGUUUUUGUUUUCAUUGAUCAGUUUGUAAAAUCCUGCUUAGAUGUUUAUACUAUUUAAAACAAUAUUUUUUUAAAAAUCAUACUUAUACUGCUUUUGGUUUCUUUUGUGUAAAUAUUAAAUGAUUUCAGUGUUCAUUUUAGUGGUUAUUUUCCAGUCAUUUUCAGGCAUUUGUGCAUCUUGUUCUGUAAGUGGCUAGAAUCUCAGUUUGUUUUGUUUCGUAGAUGUAUUUAAACCAUUACGUUUACAAUAAAUGCUUAGAACUAUUGGA